AUGAUCUGGCUAUCAUUCAUACCAUUUCUCCUACUAUCCGGUUUAGCAACCUGUAAGAAGUUCGAUAAAGAGACUCAAGCAGUCUUAGAACAACUUCAAGGCACUUGGAAAAGCCAAAGCGGAAAAGUCACCACCGGACCCACAUUCUUCAACCCAACAGAAGAAAUCCUCUAUGAACCACUCCUCCCUGGUCUUUCGUAUUCCUUCAACAUCACCGGACAUUGGGAAUCUGCCGCCUAUAUCAUUGAAGGAAAUAAUCGAAAUCAUUCCUGUCCGAAUGCAAAAUUAAUCUGGCAACAUGGGACAAUCAAAUAUAACAAAAAAUCCAAAAAAUUAUUUUUGAUCCCAGAACGGGAUGAUGGAAGACAAUUAAUUAGUGAUCCUUGUUUUGAUGAUGGGGUUUCGAGAUAUUUGAGAUAUACUCAAUUAGAAGAGUUGAGUUUUGAAAUAGAAAUGGAUGAAUAUUUUGAGAAGUUGAAGUUACAAUUGUUUAAUUUUAAUGGGGUGAAGAAACAACCAAUGUGGUUGAGUUCUAGUGAUGUUAAAAUUAUGACGCAACCACAAAAUGUUAAGACAGAUGAAGUUAUUGUACAGGAAGGUCCCUUAAAAAGCGAGUUGAAUGGAGGCGACAAUGGUCAUGAUAUUGGUCUGACCAGAGAUGCACAAAAUGAAAAGGUUAAGGUUAAGAAAGAAGAAAAUAAAACAAGUAAGGCCACUUUCUGUGCAACCAACCUGAAAGAAAAUUCUACCGAGCUGGAAUCUAGCUCUUUCAGUGAAGCGGUGAAUCUGGAAAUUGGUCCGGAUUCUGCAACCUUUCAGUGGAUGCUUGACAGAGAAAGCGGGUCCACCACUGGUAGUGGGUUAAUCUUCGAGAAUGGGAGUGGAUCACCAAAAGAGAAUACCGUUAUUCAAUUGAUCAAGAAUGACUUUCCAAACACUGGCGAUGAAGGUAACAGCAAAGUGACCCUACUUUUAUGCUCCCGAGCAGGUAGAGAUUCUUGGUCAAAGCAUUUGAUAAUCAGCGGGAGUAGCUUGAAAGUUUAUAUGUCGAAAGGAUACAAGGAAAACUCAAGAAGGUUUCAGGACUACAAUGUCGUCAUAUCCACAUACCGACAACCCAUAUUUCAAGAUAAGAGAGAUUCAGAAUUUAUGCAAUUGGCAUAG